GGAAGCUGCUGGAACGGUGAUGAUUCUCAGCAUGUUCAGCACCACUUCUUUGGAAGACGUCAGAAACGCCGCACCUAGCGCCCUGCUUUGGUUCCAGGUGUUCAUUCACCCGGACCGGACGGCUACCGAACGGCUGGUGGCCCGCGCACAGCAGGCGGGAUAUAAAGCUCUGUGCUGCACGUUAGAUGCACCUGUGGGCGGAACCAAAUCUGGAACUUUCGGGGAGUACCUCAAGCAGUACUCGGACAAGCUAAGGGCAGCCAAUUUUGACGACGACGAUGCCAAACAAGGCGGCAAGUCACUCGCCCAAACGUUCCUGGAUCCGGGUCUGACAUGGCAAGAUUUGGCUUGGCUGAAAAGCAUAUGCAGCUUACCCAUCGUCGUCAAGGGGGUCCUGACAGCGGAGGCGGCCGUUCAAGCCGCGGAUCACGGAGCUUCGGCGAUCCUUGUGUCCAAUCACGGAGGCCGGCAGCUUGACGGAGUUCCAGCGACCAUCGAGGUGCUGUCCGACAUUGUUCGAGCCGUGGGUCAUCGGUGCGAGGUCUACCUGGACGGCGGAGUGCGUCUGGGCACAGACGUGGUCAAGGCGCUCGCACUGGGCGCACGUGCGGUGUUCGUCGGAAGGCCGGCCAUCUUUGGCCUCGCCUAUAACGGCCAAGAAGGAGUGACCAAAGUACUCGAGAUUCUGAGGUCGGAGGUUGAUCGCGCCAUGGCUCUAAUGGGUUGCCGGUCCGUCAGCGAACUUCACUCCGACAUGGUGGUUCGCCAGGAAUGCUUCGCGAGGCUCUGACGGAUAUGGUGCGCGUCCCAUCCCGUCUUUGCCCGGAACUCCUCGGCACUGUGACAAACCAUCGCGAGUUGACUUGUCCUUGUUGAAAUUGUUGUA